CAUUCCUCUACAAAUACCCCUUCUGAUCUCUGCACAACACUUGUACAUCAGAAAACAGCAUCUUCAAAGCAACUUACACAGGAAGAAAGGAAGAAUCUCAACAAACACUUCAUCACUUUUACGUUUUUUUCCCAUCAAGUCUACGGGACAACGAAUAAAAGAAUGGGAUCUGCUGCAGUUCAGAUUUUGUGCGUGACCCUCGGGGUCUUGGGCUUGAUUGGGACCAUAGUAUGCUGUGCCAUCCCAGGCUGGAAAGUGUCCUCCUUUACGGGAUCUACCAUUGUGACUGCACAGAGCACUCAGGAGGGCCUGUGGACAAGCUGUGUGGUGCAGAGUACCGGCCAGCAGCAGUGCAAGAACUUCGAUUCCUUGCUUGUUUUGUCCUCGUUCCUGCAGGCCGCCCGUGCCAUGACAAUCAUCUCUUGCAUGUUGACCGGCCUCAGCCUCUUGAUCCUCUUCUGUGGGGCCGACUUCACUACCUGCAUAGAGAACAAAGAUGUCAAGCCCAAGAUCAGCCUGGUGUCUGGGAUUGGCAUGAUUCUGGCCGGACUUCUGCUGAUCAUCGCUGUCAGCUGGUUCGCCCACAAUGUUGUGCGAGACUUCAACAACCCCUUGGUGGCUUCUUCCCAGAAGAAGGAGCUGGGGCCAUGUAUCUUUGUUGGUUGGGUGGCUGGCAUUCUGCUCCUUCUGGCCGGGGGUCUGACCUGCUGCUUCAGCAGGCGCAGUUCUAGCUCCGGUGGAACCGCCAAGUACUACAGCAAUGGCGCCUCUGCCCCCAAUAAAAACUAUGUGUAGAUCUUUUUUAAAGGGGACUGGUGUUACACAUAAAUUAGCGGGGGUUGAUAUAGUUGGUGAAAGACUGGCAAACAGCCAAAUGGAUUACAUCAGGGGAUGUUUUGGGGAAAAACUGAAAUGUAAAUAUUGAAAUUGUCAAUCAUUGGUUUCUUCUAUAGUUAUGCUGGUGAUGUUUAGGUGCUGGGAUGGUCAUUAGGUAGUUGGAUGUAACGGAAAAGGAAAACAAAUGUUAUACAUUCUGUAAAUUACACAGGUUUUGUGAUCUUAGAAUAAGCUGUUUUAUUUGUUUGCUGUACAAUAUAAAUGAUAUUGACUAUGAUGUUGUAGCUGAAAGAUUUAUAUAUUUUCUGUAUUUUUCUUGAAAUAUUUGACUUUCAAAGUUUCUUUAAAAAGAACCACCAAUGUGCAAAUUUAAAGGUAAGAUUCAGAAAAUGUAAAAAGAAUAUUUGUUAGAGGAACAAUCAUCUGAUAAACUAAGCAAAGCAUCUAAAGAAUCGCCCAGACUCUUAAGAUCAACCCUUUUGAUUAUUACAUGUGUUAUCAUUUCUAUUAGGUCUACUUCUUUCCAAUCUUGUUUUUAUUUUUCAUCUGAGUGCACGUGUUUCUCUGAUGAUAUGUUCUCAAAGGUCUACAAGACAUUUCAAACUUGCUAUAUACCAUUUGUUAUUGCUCAUUUUGUAUUUUUAUCAUUUUAUAUGACGAUGAAUCAAAAUAACUAAAAGUUGGCAUAAUUCAAA